AUGUCCUGGAAUGGCUGGGGCUGGUCGUGGCAGCAGCAAAACUGGGGGAGCAACAACUGGUGGUCGCGCCCGUCCGAGCCGUAUGGCGACUGGUGGUCUCAGUCUAAGGCUACGGAGGAGCUUGGGCACAGGGUGUCUGGCGACCGUGAGCAGAGCAAGGCUUUCAUGCAGGAGCGGGGUCCUUCCUCGGCGGCAACCACAUCUGAGAACUCUGAUGCUCCUCCGCCAAGGGUUGCCAAGCCAUCACUGCCCGAGACGGUGGACAUCGUGAGGAGCUCGCCGCAACAGGAUGCAAUGCCUCAUGAACAUGUUUCUUCUCCGCCAGCUUCGACGGCUUCUCAUCUCCGAGACAACAGCGCUUGCCAGAGGACGAAGACCGACCUCAAGCCUGAUGCAAAUCUCCCUGAGUCCUUGGAGGAGUCUGAGUGGUGGCUGGGUGUGGACGAGGCGACAAGGCAGCGGCUCACGGAGGAGCUACGAGAUUGGCUGCGGAGCAUAAGUCCCAUCUUCACCUGCUAUUUCCAGAUAAUGGAAGAGAACUAUGACACAGUGGACCAAAUCUGUCGGCUCUACCUCAUAGAGGAGGAAGACGGAGAGUCCAAGACGGAAAAAAGGCUGGACCCGCUGUUCUUUCAGGACAACGGCAUCAAGGAUCCGGAGCAUCAGCGCUUGUUUCGGCAAUGGUUCGCUUCAAAAUGCAGUCUCACUGCUGACGGGAGCGAGGCUGCAGAUCUUGCCCUCCCUCCUGUGUUGACAUCGAAAACCGAGCAGGUGGCUGCUCAACCAGUUCUUGGUCACGAUGCAAGAGGCAUCCCUGCUGCUAGCAGCACACGCGGCGAGGAUCCCUGGACCACAGGCAAAGAUCCCUGGGCUCAGGGUCGUGAAGCCGCGAGUUUUCGGAGUCGCAACUUGCCCGAGAUGCUGUGGUCAGAGGUCUAG